UUGAAGGACAUAUGUACCUGGUCGCUGUGGACGCACAUUCCAAGUGGCCUGAAGUGCAUAUUAUGGACAGUACCACAGCUAACAGGACCAUUCAAGUGCUGAGGGGACUUCUUAGUCGCUAUGGCACCCCCCACAUUCUUGUCAGUGACAAUGGACCUCAGUUUUGUUCAGAAGACUUCAGUGCGUUUCUGAGGUUAAAUGGAGUCAAACACAUUCGAUCUGCACCAUAUCAUCCUGCCACCAAUGGUUUGGCUGAGCGUUUUGUGCAAACGUUCACGCAUGCAUUGAAAUCCUCCAAAGGUACGGCACCAGUGCAGUGCAACGUCUGGAUUCAUUUCUGCUGACCUACCGCAACACCCCCCACGCCACGACAAAGGAAUCGCCAGCCAUGCUGUUCCUUGGACGCAGGCUGCGUUCGCGGCUGGACUGUUUGAAACCCAGUGUUGCUGGGGUAGUACACAGGUCACAGGAGGCUCAACAACUACAGCGCCAACACGCUAAGGACAGACACUUUGUUGUUGGGGAGUCAGUGUUGGUGCGCGACUAUCGGAGGGGGGGAAGAGAAGUGGUCACAAGGGGUUGUAUUGGAAAAGACAGGUCCAGUGUCAUACAAGGUAAAUGUGGGAGAACCAGGUGUAUGGAAAAGACAUGUUGAUCAGAUGUUGACACGCCCAGAGUCUGAGUUGAAGUCUCAGGACACAACAGUGCACCCAUCCAUAGGCCCAGUGUUACUGCCUCACAGUGCUAGUGAUCCACAGCCUAACACUGAGAAAACUCACUCUGAAAAGAAGGAUGUAUGGAUUGGAGUUACUGAUUCACCUAAGAGCAGUCAGAUUAGUGAACCUACGAAGGAUAGACAGACAGGGAUGACGGCACAAAUUAGACGCCAUCCUGUGAGAAUCACUAAACCAGCAGCUCGUUACCGUGAUGAGUAAAUUCACAUGGCAUAGUUCAAAUAGAGAUGCAAUGUUGAGUCAUCAGGAGUAUUGUUUCAGUAUAGUUACUAGUUGAAUGGUCAAUAUGUUCUACGUACAAGUAUAAAGAUAUAGAUAGAUAAAUUGUUUGUUGACAACAUAUCUUAGUGGGGAGGAAUGUUGUGUAUGGGAUUGAUGGACGCCAUGCUGAGACUGAACAUUAGGUGGCGUCUGUAUUGUUUGAGUGUUGUGUGUUCUAUCUGGAUAAUAAACACGUUGUUCACUGUCAGUAUCAGCUGCUGUAGUUUCACCAGGCGGUGCCAUCACGGUCUGAGAGACCACCACACACCUGUAGGCUGCUUCAAGGAAGUCUGAAAAUAGGUGGCACCAACAGGUCGGACCAGAUUUGGGCACAGUCAUGUGACUCCAAAUCAAAGCGCUGGAUAGUGUCGAUAGUGUUGAUCUGCAGAGGGAAUCCUUGCCCUCCUCCUCCUCCUCCUCCUGCCUGGAGCUCCUGAGGGAUCCUGCUACUCUUCCCUGUGGACACACCUGCAUGUUUCCAGUCUCUCGAGCUCCGAUCACCCAGGCGGUGGUGGAACACACACACACACACACACACGGUGACUCACUGCUGUGGAUCAUCGAACACAAUCUGAGGUCACAACUUUGGACCGGAACAACUGAGCUCCGACAUGGACCCGAGACUGAGGAGGGGAGCCUCGCUGACAGGUGACGCCUCUGCUGAGACUCGGGGCAGAGAGAAGGGAGACCCUCCCCCCUCUAAAGGAGCUGGGAGCAGAGCUCAGAGGUCUGAGCUGCAGCCAGCAGCACCUGGACCUGGACCUGGACCUGGGCCCAGCUGUGUGUCUCUGAAGAGUGAUGGCUCCAUGUUUAGACUGAAUGACUUCCGAGGAGGAGCGGAGUCUUCAGGUCCGAGAGAGGACCAUCAGAGCUCUGAGCUUCUCAGUGGUCAGCAACAUCCGGACUCUGCACGGCAGCGGCUGGAGGAGAAGUUCCUCAGCUAUGUGAGCAGAGUCUGGAGGCUCCUGAGUCCAGGUGAGCCAGAACCUCCAGAGACUGAGGAAGAGGAGCAGUGGAGGAGCAUCAGGGAAGAAUUCCUGAAGAUCACAGUUCACCUGCUGAGGAACAUGGAGGAGGAGGAUCUGGCCCAGCGUCUGUGGAGCAGAAGUCUUGCUGCUGACUGUGCAGGGCGACUGAAGAGGAGGCUGAAGGAGCAGUUCCACAGUGUGUCUGAGGGGGUCGCUAAAGCAGGAAACUCUGCCCCUCUGAAUCAGAUCUACACAGAGCUCUACAUCACUGAGGGGGGCACAGAGCAGGUCAACCAGGAGCACGAGGUCCGACAGAUCGAAGAAGCAACCAGGCAGCAGACCAGACCAGGAACUACCAUCAGCCCAGAAGACCUCUUUAAAGCCUCAGCUGACACAGAGCGACCAAUCAGGAGCCUGCUGACGAAGGGCGUGGCUGGCAUUGGGAAGACCCUCCUGACACAGAAGCUGACUCUGGACUGGGCUGAAGACAAAGCCCACCACAACUUCCAGCUCAUGUUUCCUUUCACCUUCAGAGAGCUGAACCUGCUGAAAGAGAAGAAGUUGAGUUUAAUGGAACUUGUUCAUCACUUCUUUCCUGAAGCCAAAGACUCAGGACUCAGCAGCUUUGAAGGAGUCCAGGUUCUGUUCAUCUUGGACGGUCUGGACGAGUGUCGACUCCCUCUGGACUUCAACAGUCGGGUCCUGACAGCAGCUACAGAGUCCACCUCAGUAGAUGUCCUGCUGACCAACCUCAUCAGGGGGAACCUGCUUCCCUCAGCUCAGCUCUGGAUCACCACACGACCUGCAGCAGCCAAUCAGCUCCCUCCUGAGUGUGUGGACAGGGUGACAGAGGUCAGAGGGUUCACUGACCUCCAGAAGGAGGAGUACUUCAGGAAGAGGUUCAGAGAUGAGCAGCAGAGCACCAUCAUCUCUCACAUCAGGAGCUCACGAAGCCUCUACAUCAUGUGUCACAUCCCCAUCUUCUGCUGGAUCACUGCCACAGUUCUGGAGGACAUGUUGAAGAGCAGAGAGACCAGAGAGCUGCCCAAGACCCUGACUGAGAUGUACAUCCACUUCCUGGUGGUUCAGGCCAAAGUCAAGAAGCUCAAGUACCAUGGAGGAGCUGGGACAGACGAGGUUUGGACUCCUGAGAGCAGGAAGAUGAUGGAGUCUCUGGGAAAACUGGCUUUUGAGCAGCUGCAGAGAGGAAACUUGAUCUUCUAUGAAUCAGACCUCACAGAGUGUGGCAUCGACAUCACAGCUGCUGCAGUUUACUCAGGAGUCUUCACACAGAUCUUCAGAGAGGAGAGAGGACUGUACCAGGACAAGGUCUUCUGCUUCGUCCACCUGAGUCUUCAGGAGUUUCUGGCUGCUCUUCAUGUCCACCUGAAGUUCUUCAACUCUGGAGUCAAUCUGCUGGACUCACAACAAACACUUGAAACCAAACAUCCAGAACAGUUCUACCAGAGAGCAAUAAAUGAAGCUGUAGAAAGUCCAAAUGGACAUCUGGACUUGUUCCUGCGCUUCCUCCUGGGUCUUUCUCUGCAGACCAACCAGAGGCUCCUUCCAGGUUUGUUGACCCAGACAGGAAGUGGCUCCCAUCAGGACACAGCAGAGUUCAUCAGGAAGAAGAUCAGUGAGAAAGUGUCUCCAGAGAGAAUCAUCAAUCUGUUCCACUGUCUGAGUGAACUGAAGGUCACUUCUCUGGUGGAGGAGGUGAAUCAACUGCUGAGAUCAGGAGCUCUCUCCACAGCUCAGCUGUCUCCUGCUCAGUGGUCCAGCCUGGCCUUCAUCUUACUGUCCUCAGAGGAAGAUCUGGACGUGUUUGACCUGGAGAACUGCUCUGUUUUAGAGAAGGUUCUUGAGAGGCUGCUGCCGGGGCUCCAAGCCUCAAAAGACGUUCAACUGAGAGGGUGGAGCCUGUCAGAGAGAAGUGGUUCCCUUCUGUCCUCAGUCCUCAGCUCUCCGUCCUCUAGUCUGACACAACUGGACCUGAGCUACAACAAGCUGAAGGAUGCAGGAGUGGAGCUGCUGUCUGCUGGACUGAAGAGUCCACACUGUCACCUGGAGACUCUCAGCCUGAGCAGCUGUAGACUGUCAGAGAGAAGUGGUUCCCUUCUGUCCUCAGUCCUCAGCUCUCCGUCCUCUAGUCUGACUCAACUGCACCUGAGCGACAACAGGGACCUGAAGGAUGCAGGAGUGGAGCUGCUGUCUGCUGGACUGAAGAGUCCACACUGUCACCUGGAGACUCUCAGCCUGAGCAGCUGUAGACUGUCAGAGAGAAGUGGUUCCCUUCUGUCCUCAGUCCUCAGCUCUCCGUCCUCUAGUCUGACACAACUGCACCUGAGUGACAACAGGGACCUGAAGGAUGCAGGAGUGGAGCUGCUGUCUGCUGGACUGAAGAGUCCACACUGUCACCUGGAGACUCUCAGCCUGAGCAACUGUAGACUGUCAGAGAGAAGUGGUUCCCUUCUGUCCUCAGUCCUCAGCUCUCCGUCCUCUAGUCUGACACAACUGGACCUGAGUGACAACAGGGACCUGAAGGAUGCAGGAGUGGAGCUGCUGUCUGCUGGACUGAAGAGUCCACACUGUCACCUGGAGACUCUCAGUCUGAUACAGUGUAGGAUCUCAGAGAGAGGCUGUGCUUCUCUGGCCUCAGCUCUGACCUCUAACCCCUCCCACCUGAGAGAGCUGGACCUGAGGAACAACCAUCCAGGAGGAGCAGGACUGGAGCAGCUGUCUGCUGGACUGGAGAGUCCAGACUGGAGGCUGGAGACUCUCAGGCUGGAACACUGUGGACCACUGUGGUUAGAGAUCUGACCUGAAGAAGUGUGAACUGACUCUGAGUCUCAGCAGCCGCUGCCGUCAUCAUGGAGAGUUUCCAACUCUUCUGAGGCAGAGUCUCAGUGGAGAGCAGCACAGAGAAAGAGUCCUCAACAGCAGUCAGAGAAGAAGCCUCCACCCUCACAGAAGCUCUUCAUCUGUGGAAACGCUUCUGUCUUCAACGCCCCAAACAGCUCAGAUGUCCAGCUUUUGCUCUUGUUUUCCAUGACUCCUUCAUGCCACUUCCUCUCUGAAGCCUUCAGUCGUGUCCAUGACUUGAACCCUGAUAUGAGCCCUUUGAUGUGGACACUUGAGGAGCCUGUGUUUAGGACACGUGGACUUUGUUCAUCACAUGUCACUGGCUGAAAUGAUCUUCCUCUGAAUGCAAACCGACAGAUGCUCAUGACUCAGUCGGAACAGGGCUGUUUGACUCACCAUGUGAUCUUCUUCUUCUCACCAAGGUAGUUCCAAACACAAGACCAUGCACCUGAACAAUAUCUUUUAGAAGUCAGCAGUGACUCAGUGAGAAGCUACGGAGAAAUGGUGUGAUGAGGUCACCAGCUGAGACCUCCAACCACGGCCUCCUGAUCUGGUGUGGGAAGAUCAACCUGCCAUUUGAUGUCUGCAGGUCUUUCAACAAGCUCUGUCACGGCUCACUUUGCCUCGUUUUGGACUCAACUCUUCCACAGUGAAUAAACAGCAGUUGGAGCAACAUGGUCCUCCCUGACUGUGUCGUCUCGCUUCACUCUUGAUCAGCAGACGAGGCGUGUUCAGCAGCCACUUUGUUCCCAGCAGCUCCGCAUCCAUAGCCAAUACCUGCCACCCGGUUCAUACAGCGCAUGCUCAUUCCCACAGUGUAGCAUUCUGGGUCAUGAAGUUCAACUCACUUCAUAACAUCACAUUUUCCCUCCUAUAAAAAGAUAUGACGACAUUCUAAACGUCCCAGUCUCCUCAGCUUAUUACAGACACAACUGAAACUGCCAUUGCGAAAUAUUUCAGUGAAACUUUUUAGCUUUGAAAUGACCUACAAGCUCUAAACAUCCACAGCAACACACACACCGACAUUCCUUUUUUUUUUUUUUUCAUUACAAUAUAAGCAAGUAUUUAACAACUUUCAUUCAACCUCGUGGGUGGCUGCAUAUGUCUCUGCAACUUUGAUUGAUUGACUGCAGCAUUUGAUGGUCCGGACUCUGUUGCAACAUCUGAAUCUGAGUGACAGAAGUGUCUGAUUCUGCUGUGUCAUGUUGAACAGUCUCCUUAGCUGCAAAGUCUUCCUUCGUUGUGUGUAGUUGAAGGUCUGUGCAGUUUCUCCUCAGAGACGAUCCCUUCUCCAUCUGAAUCCUAUAGAAACGUGGAGCCACUUCCUCUUUCACUUGUCCCUCUUGUCUCCAAGUGCCAUCAGAGGUGCCGCUGCGAUGAAUCUCCAUUUUUCUUUCCUCUUUUGUUCCUCCUUCGUGACUCUGACCUUAUAUGC